GAAUGCGCAGGGGCAGGUGGGGCGCGAGGAAGGGGGUUCUAGUUUGCACUAAUGGGAGGGCGCGGGGACCAUGCACAGUGAAACCUCGCGGGAGGCGCGGGCGCCACGCGCACUUGUCCCUCGCGCUCGCCGUCCGUCAGCGCAGCCCGCGCUUCGCUCGGAGGAGGCCGCCGGCGCUGCGGGGCCGGUUCCGGUUCCGGUUCGCGUCCGCACCUGCGGCGAGGACGAGGGCGAGGGCCCGCGGCCAUGGCGUUCUCUACCGUGCAGAGGCUGGCCCUGGCCUCGGGGCUUGUCCUGGCUGUGUCCCUGCUGCUGCCCAAGGCCUUCCUGUCCCGCGGAAAGCGGCUGGAGCCGCCCCCGGCGCCCGAAGGAAAGUUGGGUCGAUUUCCACCCAUGAUGCAUCAGCACCAGGCACCCUCAGAUGGCCAGACCCCUGGGGCUCGUUUCCAGAGGUCUCACCUUGCAGAGGCCUUUGCAAAGGCCAAAGGAUCAGGCGGAGGCACUGGAGGAGGAGGAGGAGGUAGUGGAAGAGGCCUGAUGGGGCAGAUUAUUCCAAUCUAUGGUUUUGGGAUUUUUUUGUAUAUACUGUACAUUCUGUUUAAGCUUUCAAAGGGAAAAACUGCAGAGGAUCGGAAAUGCUCUACCGCUACACCUGGAAACACCCACAGGAAAAUUACCAAUUUUGAGCUUAUUCAACUGCAAGAAAAACUGAAGGAAACAGAGGAAGCCAUGGAAAAAUUAAUCAACAGAGUGGGACCUAAUGGUGAAAGCAGAGCACAGACUGUGACUUCUGACCAAGAAAAACAGUUGCUGCAUCAGCUCCGAGAAAUCACCAGGGUCAUGAAAGAAGGAAAGUUCAUUGACAGAUCCACUCCAGAGAAAGAAGCUGAGGAGGCCCCUUACAUGGAGGACUGGGAAGGUCCUUGGACAUAUAUUUGUAUUUUGGGAGGAUAUACACCUAGGAAUGAGAUUUCUGGAUUUUAUGGUUACCCUGAAGAGACUUAUCCAAUUUAUGACCUUUCAGAUUGCAUCAAGCGUAGGCCAGGAACAGUCCUGGUGGAUUACCCGGACCCAAAAGAGCCCUCUGCUGAAGAAAUAGCUGAAAGCAUGGGAGUGCUAGAAGAAGAAGAACCUGACCAUUUGGGUUGGGAAAUGCCCACUGACCCCAGAGCCCAGGAAGAUAAUUCUGGUACCUCGUGUGACCCAAAGCCGGAAACCUGUUCCUGCUGUCUUCAUGAAGAAGACGAUCCCGCGGUCUUGGCAGAGAAUGCUGGGUUCAUCGCCGACAGUUACAGGGAGCAGGAGGAAACCACCAAAACGUGGCCCCAGGACUUUAGAGAUGAGGGGCUGGGCACCAGUGCUGACAAAGCAUAUACAGGUGGCACACUGAGGAAGCGGAACCCCCCGGGGUUAGAAUGAGAACAGCCAGUUUGGUGAAGUCUCCAUUACCCUGGUCCCAACGUGACUGAUAUCUCCUCUCUCAGAUUCCAUCCUUGGCCCUGCGCCCUGCACUUCAUUCCCUGUGUUUAAGUAUCCUAGCCAGUCAGGUCACUGCCGUAGGUAGCGUGUAUUCUUCCUGGUGCUCACACACCUGCCACCUUGUAAAACGUCCCAGCGAUUAGGAGGAACACAAGACAGCUUCACGCCUUCUCUUCCUGACUUUCCUCCAGCACAGUCAGUCCACUGAGUAAUUGUCAGAUCUGUCAUAACUACCGGUGGGCCACUCGGGGGCAGAGGUGCGCCUCUUUGUGCUAGGACUAACAGAUGGUUUACCUGGGAAUGAACAUCAGCUUACACAAUGAUGAGGACUUAAGGUUGCAAGAGUGAAGAUUUCAGAGGCCAAGAUGCCUUAUUCUCUGGGCCUGGAGCAGGUUAGUGGUCCCCUUUUGUGGGGAUGAUGGCGCCAGAGCAGGGUAGGACCCUGCUGUCUGAGCUGAAGGCCCUUCGUCUCAGCGACGGCCUUGUUAGGGCGUUGAUGCCUCAGAUCCCCUUUUCUCCAGAGGAGCAGAAGGUACCCAUUGACCGGAAAAUCAGCCCAGAGACCUGCUGGGGGACUGACUGCUUUGCUCUGAUAUUGCCUAGAUCUCGAGCUUCCAUUAUCCCUGUUCUGCUUAACAGAAAUGCCAAACCCAUAAGCACCUGUGUACCUCUGGCUGUCAGUGGCCAGAGGAAGCUUUAGAUAGAGACUUCAGUCCCUGCCCUGCAGAGCCAAGGCUCGAGGUUGCUGAGGCCACAGGAAAGCCUGCCCAAGGGUGGUGGUCCUGCCAUGAGAUAUUUGGAAGACCAGGGAGCCAGCAAUGGGGAGAGAGCCCAUGCGCUCGUGGACAGUCCUUGCCUAGAAGCAGUUUCUGAAUGUUGUGCCCUCUGGGAAAUUUGUUUUCACAACCACAUGAAUUGAAACAGAAAUGAGGAGGACUGAGCCUGUAGACAAAGUGCCAGCCUAACAGGGAAGUUGCAGCAUGUGGCAGAGAACCAAUGUAGCAGUGCCCAGGGGAAGAGACCAUUUCUGUUUCCGUAUUCAGAUAUCUGAGUCUUCUGAGAGAGCUGGGGAAAGGAGGAGGAGGCUGGUUAGGCCUGGGAGGAAUUGGACCAAACCACAGGCUUCAUCUCUAAGAUUCCAUCUGUCAUGUGUGUUCUUGAGACAAGAUGGCACCCAUACAUCCUGUCCAGUAAGGAUAAGUGAAUUCAGUUUACAUGUGAGACCUGAGAGUUUAAGGAGGACACAUUCCUGAGGACAUUCCCAGUCAUGAAAUGGGGAAGACUUGAACAUUAAGAAAUUUGGAGCUAGAUAUGGCUUUUAGAGUUCUGUUGUUCCCGGCAUGAGUGAGAUGACAGGAGCGUGGUUUAAAUCACAAAUAGAAGCAUCCAGGCGGCUGUUAGAAGGUACGGGGUCGUAUUAAGAUAACGUGUCAGCUACUACUAGGCAUUUCUUGAUAGUUAAUGAAUUAUAGAGAAAAGUCCAAGACUGAGUCUAUGGAAAGUAGAUUGCAUCUAUUUUGUGUGGAACAUUUGAUUCACUUGUAACAAAUGCAGUUUAAAAUGUACUGAAAAUAAUCUAGAUGUAAUGUUAAAGGUAAAAAAAUAACGUAGGUGCUUUUCACUGUUUCGAUGAAUUGUUUUCUGUGUUCUUUCCUUUCAUUCACCAUUAGGGGUUGCUUUAUGAGGAGAGUCCUGGGUCCAUGUUUUAAAUUUCUUUUCUGCCUUAGGAUAGAUUCCCCUAUUAGAGAUGCAUAUGUUUCCUUUUAGCUUAUUCAUUCAUUCAUUCAGCACACACUGCUCAGAAUUGGGCAGUGGGAACAGAAGGCUCCAUUCCUACCUUUAAAAAGCUUGGUUUAAUGUGGGAGCUUUAUCCAAUUUAUUUUUUUAAUGAACUAUGAACUUUAAAAGGGCUCAAGAUCGGGAAUUCUUCAGGCAGAGCAAUGUUGGUCAUGAUUCCACCCCUGCCUGUUUUCACAGUAAGAUUUCAUCAGCUCCUUAACUCUUCUGAGCCUUGGCUUUCGCACCUCUGAAGCAGGGGAGUAAAAGCACGGGUCUCACAGGGUGGUUAUGAGGAUUAAAUGAAGUCAUCAGUGCCCGAAAGCAGCGUUGGUCCUAUCCCAUAAUAACCACUCAGUAAGAGGUAGCUGGUAUACUUUUAUUGUACAAAGUUUUAUGCUGUAAUUGAGGUAUGGACCCAAAUCUACAGGAGUACAGAGAGACCAUUUUUGCCAAGUACAUCCAAGAAACUUUCCAGAGGAAGUGGGUCUUGAGGCAUGCUAAGAGCUUCUCCAGGUGGGCAAGGAAGAGAGGACAUUCUUAGCAGAGAGUGGGUGUGAAAAGAAAUGGAUAUUCAGGUAUUUUGAUGAGGUUGCUUUGUAAGGUGUCACAUAAGCAACUAUUUGGAAUGUUAAAUUUUGGGGGAAAGGGGCUUAUGAAAAUAGUUCCAGAAGUACUGGGAGCUCAUCACUCUUGCUGCCCUAGCUCGUCGUUGAUUUAUAUAGUAGGAAUACAUUUAUAUAGCAGAUAUUGUGUUGUACUUUUCAAAAAUUUCAGAUUAGAUAGUCCUUUUUGCAUUGUCUAGAAUGAUUUUAUCCUCCAGAGAUGACAACUGUAUGUGAAUAUACAACUCAGGAUGACCAAAAUCAUGGCACUGGUUCUUACUA